UCUGUUCGAUGCAUUACAUUACUCAUUACUCAUUUACUCACUACUCAUUCUCAGAUCCAUCGUAAUCCUAUUUUCCCUCUCUUUUCUCAAAUGGCUGAGAAUUUAGACGACGGUGAGUUUUGGCUUCCGCCUCAGUUCCUCACCGACUUCGACGACGCGUCGUUUGAGGCAACCGCCAAAACCGACGCCGUUUCAAGGACUCUCGUUCCCUACUUCAGCUCCUCCAGCGAGACCGAGAGCGACGAGGAGGAGCACCUCGCCGAGUUGACUCGCCAACUCGCGCGGUCCACUCUGGCCUCUGAGAACCCCAAGGGCGUGUUUGGGGGCGGUGGCUCGCCGCAGUCUACUUUAAGCGCGUUCGGGAGCAGCGGGAAGGGGUCCAGUCCGGACGGCGUCGUUUCGCAGGAGAGUGCCACGUGGGAUCUGCUGCGCGCGGCUGCAGGGGAAGUCGAGAGGAUGCGCCUCGGCGACGACCGUUACCGUUACCGUUACCUUCACGGUUACGGUUACGAUUGCGAUUACGGUUUUGUCCGUAAUGACGCGGUGAAGGCGUGCGGUGGCGUUAACGCUGCUGGCGUUGGGGUGGGGUUUUACUCUCAGCCUCACCAGAAUCAGCAACAGUCGUUUUCUCAGCAGCAGUUGCAGAUUGCGCAAUUUGAGAUGAUGAGGCAGCAACAGCAACAGCAACAGAGACAAAUGGUCCUAAACAGAGGAAGGAACAACAACAACAACAACAACGUGAGGGGCUUGUCUGGUUCUGCAUGGCCUCCUCCUAUGCAGAACGGGUCUGGCAUGAGAGCUGUUUUUCUCGCCGGAAACAGAGAGAGCGCCGGCACCGGCGUGUUUCUGCCUCGCUCUGUCGAGACUCGCACCGAAUCUCGGAAGAAGCCUGGGUGUAAAACCGUGCUGGUGCCAGAUAGAGUGGCGCAGGCGUUGAAUCUGAAUCUGGAGGGUGUGAUGAAUGGCCACUUGCAACAACAGCAACACCACCACCAGCAGAAUCCUCGUUUCAAUGGAUCAGCAGUUCCAAGGGCUCGGAGCAAUAAUAAUAAUAAUAAUUAUCAUGGUGUUUCUCAUCAGAAGCGCAACAAUCCAAAGCCACAGCCACAAGUGGUGAAGAACAACCAUGAGAUCCAUUUGCCUCAGGAAUGGACUUAUUGAUCUAUUAUUACUAGUUAGUCCUUUUUUCUAAGGGUUGGGGCAAAUGGGAUUUAGGUUUUAGUUUUUUAUAUUCUACAGGUGAAUGAAUAUCAAUAUAUUAUAGGUAGAAGAAAUUAAGAAAUAGGGUUUUUUUGUUUGGUUUGGGGGUAAAAGGAAUUAUAGGUUUUUUUUUUAUUAUUUUGGUUUUAGGAAAGGGAAAAAAAUAAAUUGGGGGGGGGGGGUGGGGGG